AUGGCUGAGUUUAAGCCGCGCGAAUUUUAUUAUCACUCUUGUGAAGCGGCAGCUAGUGCCCGAGAGCGCACCACACUCCCUUUGCACUAUUAUUUGAAGCGUGGGGAUAUUAUCGCCUUUAGGAGAGAGUUGCGAAAUGGUUCAUCUCCAUUUGUUCAAGAUCAAUAUGGCCAUAAUGCUCUAGAUCUAGUGUUGACAGAGAUUGAGAAGUUGUUGGUGACUGGUAUUUGUACAAGCUUUCCUAUUGAUGAUCUCAUAUCAGCCAUCAAAACAGAGGCUCUACUCCCAGCCAAGUUUUGUAUUGAGGAUAAGGACGAAUUAUACCACGGACUCUACGCUCAACAUGAAAGAGCUUUAUACCGAAGUUUCGCUGAUGGUAACCCCGAAUUUGUCAAGCCAAAACACGAACGAGAACGAGUUUUGCCUUUACUACAUCAAGGCUACCCACUUUGCCAUCAGGUUCGACCACCCCACCCUGAUACGAUAGGACCAGAUGGACCUUUUAAGAAAAUAAUUAUGGAUUCUACAGAACGUAUAGAUGAUCGAGAGGAUGAUAGGUACUCAGACCAUAGGUCUCAUAAGAAGCGAAAGGGCCAUCGCCAUGGUGGGAGAGACCACGACUCGAGAGACUACGACCAUGAUUCUGUGGAUAAUUUGGAAACGGAUGCUUCGAAAGAGGACAUGAACCGGCCUGACGGGGAUAUGUCGCCCGAGAAUGCUGUUAUGAUUGCGGUGGCCGACUCUCUGUCACGUCCUUUAUCGAAUAAGAUACGAUUAAGAUUAGAGAAGAUGAUUCGAAAGUUGCGUGUAUACUUGGACCUGUUAUUAGAAUUGUCGAGUUCAAAUGCUUUGCUGAAAGCGUCUAUGGAUCGACGAGAAAUGGAACAGGAUCUGAUCAACAAGCAUGAAGCUGGAGAAAGUGGUGGAGAUCGUAAAGCGGUAAAGAGUGGUGUUUUGGUUGACUUGACUCUGCCGUAUUUGUACGUGACAUUGAUUCGGUUAUUACUCGAGAUAUAUCCUUGCGCUCCUGAUGGCGUGGAAUGGCGAGCAACCUCACCCACUGACAUCCGUGUGCUAUGUGGCAUGAUCUGUAGACUCGAAUUGGCCGGCCACUACAUCAUCUUGUUCCUUAGCGAUUUCGCGUCAGGCAUGGCGAAACUGCUACUUACUGUACUAAGACCACCGGUCUCCAACACCGAUCUGUUCGCGCCCAAACAUAUGGUCCUACAGUAUCUCAUGCACAUGGCCUUUGUCCUGGAUGUACCAGAAUUGUUCGACAUCAUUGCCAAUUCUUCGCAAGCACAUAAACUCAUGCAAAAUAACCCCUUCGAUUGGAACUCCACUUACGAAGACCUCCAAGCCGGACCUAAAACUGAUGUGAUACAACGGUAUAUAAUACUCCUGCAAAAACUGUUGGAUACCUGA